UUUGUGAUACUUGCUAAUCACUCGGUAGAGUCUCAUAAAUAAAGUCAGUCUUUUCUCAUCGUCCUCAGGAAACACAAGUCGAUCGCUCGGCAAGAGGUAUUCUUCAGUGUGUGAUUGGGUGCCUUUAAUAGCUGUGCUUUAAUACGAAGUUAGACUAUUUUUUCUCCGGACACACGCGCAAUUUAAGGAUCAGUCAACGAUGGAAAAUUGUCAACUUUCAUCAUCAAUUUGAAAUGAGAAGUUGCAAAAUUGUUAUAUAAUUUCAUUCUACUUGGCGCACAUAUCAAGUUUCACCUUGUUUUUUGUGAAAGAGGAUUAAAACUAUUAAAAUACCAGCGAAUUUCCUUUGCGAAAGUGAGUGCUUUUUGGUGAAUUCGUGAAGGUGCCAAUGAAAGGGAGAGUUCUGUCUGAAGUCACACUUUACGAAAUGCGAAUUAGUCAUAAAGGGAACCCGCAUUUAGGGUCACGAAGAAAUCGAUCAAGUGUGUUGAAUCGACAACACACUUGCCUUGUUUUUGUGCAUGAAGAGAUAUUAUUAGGAUGCUAUUUCAAUUUAGUUUACCACUUCGCUCAAUCUUCAUGUGUAAUAUAUAAAUAAGAUCGAAAGUGAAACUUGAUCAAUUUACUUCCUGCGUGGCGAAGGAAUUGCUCGCAACCAUAUAAGAUUUUUCAACAUUACUUUCAGAAGAUUUCCAAAAUAUUGAAUAGGAUUAUUAUCGAACGAUAUCACCAAGGACUGAUUUUCCGCGCCAGUUUUACAUGCGUAAAUUUACGUGCGAGAUUCUAUUUUAGUGCGCGUGCGAUUUCUUACUUUUUAUUUAAAACAUAAUGUAAUAUUUAUGACUGUUUUUCCUUUGCAAAAGCCACCACCGCAAAAACCAAGAAACAAAUUAAUAAAGUAUAAUAUGAAUUUCCACUCUUUCCACCGCGCGAAUCGGAUUUUGUGAACAGGCAACAGUUCAGGAACCAAAGGCACGAGACGAGACUGUGAGAAAUGGCUGAGGAGGAUCCAUGGGCAUUCGACGAGGGCGACCUGCAGCCUGAGCCAGCAGCGCCAGCGCCGGCCGUGGGCGAGGCAGGAGCCGCGGAAGCAACUGCACGACCCGAAGCGGAAGUCCCUCAGCCUGGCGAUGACGCUAAUUAUCGAAAGCCCGUGACGCUGUACAAGCACUGGGUUAGGCCGCAGUUUCUACAGUAUAAUUACAUGUAUGACUACCGAACCAACUAUUACGAUGACGUAAUAGAGUAUUUGGACAAGAAGAACAGAGGACUCAAACCAGCAGUUCCACGGCCGCAGACGUGGGCAGAAAGAGUGCUCAGGACACACACGAGAAUUGAUGACGUAUACAAAUACAUGUCCGACUUUAGGAGCAAACAUCGGCCAUUGGAAAUUUACACUCCAGCGAAGAAAACUGACAGCAAAUUGAUUCAGACUCUCAGUUCAACGGUUAAGGGACACAAUUAUCAUUCGAGGGCCUACAUCAGCCGCAAGUACUCCAGCAUUUUGUAAAAUCGACACCAUCUUGCGGAAUUCAACAUUAGAUUACGUGAAAGAAGCUCAUGCGAAUGAUAACAUUGAAAAUGCCUGUAUUUUGCACAAAAUGAAUUGGUAGUCAGCAAACAAAAGCCAGACCCACCAUUUCGCCGUCAUCGAAAGAUAAAUUGAGUCUUUAAAAUAAUCCACGCUGACAAAAAGGUGAACACAUAAAAAAGUCGUUUUAACUCUCGUCUCUUCCCUUUGAUUUAAGAACGCGUUGACAAGAGGAUAUUUUUAGAAGUGUUGCGAACAAACCAAACAAUUUGCUAUGCACAAAACACAACGAACUCCUUGUCUCUAGAUUGAGGGUUAAAUGGAAAAAAGCCCCUCCCAAAAACGAAUGUUACGCAUAUUGAAAAAUGUUCAUUUUUUCUAGUAAAAUAAAUUUAAGAAAAUUUGGGAUUUAAGGAGAAUUCUUGCAAUAUUGACACUGAAAUAUUUUGCAAGUUAUUUCUAUAGAAAUACACGAGUUUUUGGUUUAAAUAUUUCUCUGUGUUUUAUUGAUAACUGCAAAAAACAUGCAUUACAUCCAUUAACAUCAGUUAUAUAUUUUAUCUUUCAUAAUUCUUUCAUGUAUUAUUUUUCAAUAGAAAAUUAACAUUUCUUCGCGGUUUCCUAUAUUCUUACAAUAGUCUAAUCGGUAGAACAUUUGCUAAAUUAUACAUUAUUAUUCCAUUUCAAUGGAAUUUCGAAACAUUCUAUGUAGUCUAAUUUAAUUUUUAGGUGCACAUUUAGUCUUCCAGAAGCACUAUUUAAAUAA